AUGGCGAGCUCCUCCGCCGACGUCCCCGCGCAGCAGCCGGCCGACACUGAAACCACGCCAUGCCACCCCCUGACCGACCCCGGCGGUCUCGAGGCCCAACUAGGCUCCUCAGGUUCCGAGUCCGCCGACCGCGCCGCCGCUAUCCGCGCGAGCUUAGUGGCCGGGGUUUGGUUCGCUUCGUGGGCCUUGCUGUCCAUCUCCGGCAUCACCAUUGUGUUGUGCAUGGUGCUGUUCAGUCUGAACACCUUCACUUCCAGGAACGUGUGGCUCGAUCUUGACGGCUGGGUCGUGCUAGCCCUCGCUGCCUUCUUCUCCGGCUUCCUCGCCAUCGUCAACCUCCGCACCGUCCGCGCCGCCAAAGUCCCAGGCUUGAUCUGGGACGUCGUCAUCAACACCGCCUUUGUGAGCGGCGUCAUUCUCGGCUGGUUCGUCCACCCUGCCUUGGUCGUCUUCUGGUUCUUCAAGGCCAGGACCGCCUAUGGGAGCCCCGGCCGCAGGGACUGGCUCAUCCCCGCCGGCGCCCUCACCUUCGAGUUCACCAUCCGCUUCAGCCGCCAGCCCUCCGAUGACCAAGUCGCCCCUCCACCACUUCCCGUCCAUAGCUAA